AUGGGUGGCUCAGAGAACCAAGGGGAGCAGAAAGAGGAGGCUGCGGUUACCACGGUGUCGUCGUCGUCAUCGUCGUCAACGUCGCUGCCCAGACUACCGGCCCCUCCGGAGCCCGAGAACGACAAAGGGAUCAUCCCCUCGAUCAAGAGCCCGUCGUUGGAAGGACUGGACGAUCUCACGGCGGAGAAUGUGGACAUCUUCAAGCUGGAACCUGUCGCGGCGCUGAAAUUGCUGUGUCGCAGUAUCGACGCCCUCGUGCAGAUGACCGGCGACGUGCCUCCCACCCCCCCAGCGCGGAGUCGAGGAGGGUCCCCUGCUCGCAGUCUCUCGAGGCUCCGUGAGUCCAUGACACCCGAUAGUGCCGCGCAGACGCCUAAGAAGGAAAACGCCAAGCUACGACCACCGGGGUCGGCCUCGCAUCAUCAGGAACACAUCGACGGAGUGCUGUUUGUGAAGACACCCAUAGGCUCCCCGGAGGCGCACGAGCACGAGCCCACAGCGGCGGCUCAUAUCAUCGGGGCCAAUGCCCAGCCGCUGUACGUCCAGCACGGGGCACUUGCGCGCAAGUUCUACUCGAAACGGCCGCCUCCUAUCUCCACCGAGGACUAUCUGAUGCGCAUGCACAAAUACUGUCCCAUGUCGACGGCGGUGUAUUUGGCCGCCUCCUUCUACAUCACUCGCCUGGCCAUCUACGAGAAGAUCUUGCCGGUUACGCCCCGAAACGUGCACCGUCUGCUGCUGGCCACGCUGCGAGUCGCCAUGAAGGCACUUGAAGACCUGUCCUGGCCCCACGCCCGCUUUAGCAAAGUGGGUGGCGUGUCCGAGGGCGAAUUGGGUCGGCUGGAGAUCACGUUCUGCUACCUGAUCGACUUCAGCUUGAAAGUGGACGCCGAGAUGCUGCAGCGCGAGGCUGAGAGUCUGUGCCGCCACAACCGGUACGAGGCCGUCUUGGUUGAGUAUCCCCUCAGCCCGCUCGAACUGCAGAUGCCGGAAAACGGGGACCGCAAAUCACGAGGGGCCGAGAAGAGAAAGGCCAGCAGUACCUUGCCCAGCAGGCCGGUCGUCCAAGUCGGGACGGGCAUUGAAGUGUUAGGCCAGUCUUGA